ACAAGGCAAGAAUAAUAGUGGGAUUCUUUGAUGAGAACAUGGCAAGAAAGGUCAUUUGUCGGGCGUUCAACCAAGGUAUGUACGGCAAGACGCACGUAUGGCUUCUACCUGGGUGGUUCUCUGCCGAUUGGUGGCGCACUGUAGAUAAAUCAGACGGCUGUUCGCAGGCGGAUUUACAGCUGGCACUGCAAGGUUUCUUAUCGACGGAUAUUCUUCCUUUGAGUGGCUCUGAAGAUGAGACAAUAUCGGGAUAUACGCCGAAAGAGUACGAAGAGCUAUACAACGCAAACCGUGGUGAUGAAUAUUCAACGUUUCACGGCUAUGCGUACGACGGGGUCUGGGUCAUGGCCAAGGCGUUCGACAGCGUUUUGGAAACCCUACGAGCAAGAGGAGACCUGGACAGGUUUUGGAAUUUUGACUACACUGAUGACGGUCUGCUUGAAAUGUUCACCAAAGCAAUGAAUGAGACCAACUUCAGGGGUGUUACGGGAAGUGUUCAGUUUCGUGAAGGGGAGAGGCUUGGUUCGACCGUUCAUAAACAGCUACAGGGAGAUGUAGAGAUGAAAGUUGCUGAGUACUACGCCGUGACAGACUCGCUAAACCUAUCUUCCGGGAGUGGCUUCAAAUGGGCAGUUGGUGGAGAUAAAAUACCUCGAGACACCCAGGUAACGAAGACAGAGUUACUGACAGUAUCGUUGGCUCUAUUUGGUGUCAUGUCUUCCAUCGCUGUAGCAGGCAUCAUCAUGGCCCAUGGAUUCCUCUUCUUUAAUAUGAGAUACAGAAACCAAAGGUACAUCAAGAUGUCGAGUCCAUUCCUGAACAAUCUGAUCAUCAUGGGCGGUAUACUGACCUAUGUCAGCGUUGUACUUCUUGGUAUAGAUCAUGGUGUCUCGCUGAGUGAACAAGCCUACACCGUCAUCUGCACGUCGCGAGCAUGGAUUCUCUGCCUUGGCUUCACCCUGGCCUUUGGUGCGAUGUUCAGCAAGACUUGGAGAGUGCAUCGGAUCUUCACGAAUAUCAAGAUGAAGAAAAAGGUGAUUAAAGAUGGCCAGCUGAUUGCCAUCGUUGGCUUCAUGGCUGUGAUUGAUUUAGUGAUACUCAUCGUAUGGCAGAUUGUAGAUCCAAUGAAACCAGCUACCAUCGAACUCAGUCCCAGGAUGGAUACGUCUGGUCGUGAUAUCAUGAUCAUACCGGUGAUUGAAACCUGCGUUAGUUCCCAGAUGACCAUCUGGCUUGCUGCAAUAUACAUCUACAAGGGAGUUCUUAUGAUAUUCGGUUUGUUUUUGGCCUGGGAGACUCGUCACGUCAGUAUACCUGCCCUGAAUGACAGCAAGUACAUCGGUAGUAGCGUCUAUAACGUGGCCAUCAUGUGCGUAUUGGGCGUGGCGCUGUCGUCGGUCAUCACUGAGGAUCCAAACGCGUCUUACGGUCUGGUGUCGGUCUUCAUACUAUUCUGCUCCACGGUUACUCUAUGUCUUGUUUUUGUGCCAAAGGUGAUUGAAAUGCGAGGCAACCCUAAUGUUAAUGAGAGGGUGCGUGUCAUGGGAACCAUGGACAAGGCUAGGACUGCAUCCACCUCCAUUCAUACUUUCGACACGGACCAGAAGUUCAAAGUGUUAUGCACAGAGAAAAGAGAUCUCAAGUCAAAGUUGGAAGAGCAAAACCAAACAAUUAAAGAGCUGGAGAAGAAGUUGUUUUCCAUCGCACCUGAGGAGGCUCCGCUUCUAAUAUUGGACGAUGACGGCAAAUCAUCUGGAAUUGAUACGCCAAACUCUACCUGUCAUUCUACAAAAUCCAAAGGUACAGAGACUUCUAGAGUGUUAGGUUCCCCGGGCAGUGUUCGAUUCUGUGUUACUGAACCAACAUCCAGUGAUCAAUCUCAGAAAAACAGCACACCAAGCAAGAGCAGAUGGGAGGCGGAGGAAUACGACGAUGACGCCGGUGACAAAUCCCGCCUUUUCACAGCCUUCGGCGGCGUCUACAUCGGCCCCCCAGUCAUCCCUACCAAGCCUCCAAGCCCGCCGCCAACCGUAGCAAGUAUCCCUGUCUCGAUCAGCGGACCAAUUCCACAAAUGAACAACCACGCCGUCAACGUGAUGAUUGAACCAAUAUUUAAGAGCAGUUCUAGUCUUGAUCGCAUCGCUCAGAUACACCGACCGUUCAGCGAUUCCAACAGCGACAUCACGACCAUUGAAGCGCAAAUGGACGAUUCAAACAACAAUAGCCCUCCGGUGACGGGACCCAUCGGGAACAACUGCUCCUAUGCGAUCCCCAGUAAUGAAGAAACAUCGUUUGUAUCUCUAACGAGGAAUCUCUUAGAUUAGUUUUCUUUGAUCCUAAAAAAAAUUAAGAACAAAAGUUGUAUACAUUUUUCUAAGUAGAUAAAUAUUAAUUAAUAAGGUUUUAAGCGAAUAGCAAAAUAUCAAGAGAGGGCACUGUUGAACCCACACCAAGAUAUAUAGGCGAUGCGUGUGCACGCUGUGCAUGGCAACAUGUACAUGUGUGUACAUACAUGUACAUGUGUGUGUACCGCGGUAGCAAAUGCCCCAACUGCGUACCCACAACACAUUGCGGUUCUGAAUCGCGAUAAAUAUUAUGGAAGAAUAGUCUUGGUCAAAUUACCUAGGACUGUUUUCAGACCUGGAAUUUCAUCUUUGAACAUUUUAAAAAGGCAAGGCAACUUUCAUUUUGCAAAGUGCACUUCCAUUGGA